UGGGGGCUAUCCGUUCAUUAGUAUGUUUACUGAGUUAAGCUUAUGGUAUUGUAAGAUAAUAACAAUAAGAUAUCCGGUUCUAUUCAUUCUCAUUCCGGCAACUGCUCAUUACGUAUAAAUCUUUGAUUUUGUUCUUUUCAUGAUGAGUAAAGGCAGCAUCCAUGUCUCAAAAUUGGAAAAAGGUCAACAAUAUUAUGAUUAUGAUGGAAAGAUAGUUGGUUUGUAUGACUUAGGAGGUACAAUAGGUCGCGGCCAUUUUGCAGUUGUUAAAUUGGCAAAACACGUUUUUACGGGAGAAACAGUUGCCGUGAAAGUAAUCGACAAAACAAAACUCGACGAGAUUUCUCGCACACACCUGUUCCAAGAGGUGCGAUGUAUGAAAUUGGUACAACACCCUAAUGUAGUAAGGUUGUACGAAGUCAUAGACACGCAAACAAAACUUUAUUUGAUUUUGGAGCUGGGAGAUGGUGGGGACAUGUAUGAUUAUAUCAUGAAAUAUGACAAAGGAGUAAAUGAAGAAACAGCAAGAAAGUUUUUCCGGCAGAUUGUACAUGCUAUCUCAUAUUGCCAUAGGCUUCAUGUUGUUCAUCGCGAUUUGAAACCAGAAAAUGUAAUAUUUUUCGAAAAACUUGGAAUGGUCAAAUUAACAGACUUUGGUUUUAGUAAUAGGUAUUAUCCAGGACAAAAGCUAAAAACAUCUUGUGGAUCUUUAGCCUAUUCUGCACCAGAGAUUUUGUUAGGUGACUCGUAUGAUGCACCAAAAGUUGCAAAAUGGAAGAGAAGUACUUAUGUGUUAUUGUUCCCCCUUACCUGAAUUGGACAGUGUAGUGAGUGUCCU